CAUGUCUGGACCCCUGUUUGCUUUGCCGCUGCAGACAAAAAACCGCCUUUUGGGACUCUUAUUCCCCUGAAAACUUGUGGUUUCUGCAGGGGAAGAGUAGUUUCGCCGGCUCCAUCAUGGGAAAUUGCCUGUGCCAAAGCAGAGCAAAGGAAGAAGAAACACAGGAAACUCAACAGCAACAAGUGAAGGAAAGUGGGGUUGGCAAAGGCAGCAUAAAGGUGAAGAUAGUGCUUACAAGGGGGGAGUUAGAUCUGUUAUUGCUUAAGCUGAAGAGUAAUAAUGGAGGAAAGAGCUUAGAGGAGGUUCUGGGAGAAGUUGAGAAAGUGAGAUCAGAGAAAGUCACAGGAUGGAGACCUUCAUUGCAGAGUAUCAUGGAGGACCCUGAAGGGCCUGAAGUGGAUUGAUGAUGAAUCUUCCAUUUUUUCUUUUCUUUUCUUGCUUUGUUUCUUCUUUACCUUAUAGGCCUGUUUGUCAUCUUCAUCCUAUCCCCUUUGUCCAGCUUGGGUACAUUCCCUAAGAGAAUAGAUUAAGGUCUCGAGGGAUAAUUGUGAUAAAUUGAUGAUCGAUCUUCUUGUUUCUAGAAUUUAGGUUUGAGUAGUGACCCAAAUUUAGAAAGUUUCUCAUCUUUAUCAUCAGAUAUUUGGUUUUUCCAAAUUGAAAGGAAGGAUGAUGUAUUGAUUCAGUAGUUUUGAAUAUAUUUUAGCAUAAGCU